CCGGGCUAACCGGCAAUAGCAACCUCCAGGCUAAAAACCCUGGUUACUAUUUUCCAAAACCAAUUCUCAGAGUCACGGACAUGGCAUUACCAAGGGCUCCUCUGUCACGACGGAGUUUUCUUCUCUCUUCUCCAAAACCACCACCGUUUUCCUCAUUUUUUCGAUACUCUCCGCAUCUUCAAUCCCAGCCCAACUGCAAAAUCUAUAACUCAGCUUCUCUUCAUACAGAAGAAUCAAUGGCCUCUGCCCGCCAAUUCGAAGCUCUUAGUAGAAAAAAAUUGAACUGGAAACCAUUGUGUUUGUAUCAUACUCAAGGUAAGUGCACUAAGAUGGAUGAUCCUACGCAUGUUGAGAGGUUUAACCAUAGUUGUUCUUUGGAGGUUGAGAGGGACGGUUCGGGGCUAAAGAACUUUCGGGCUCAGAAAUUUGAUUAUUUUCUUGUGCUGGAUUUGGAGGGCAAAGUUGAGAUUCUGGAGUUUCCGGUAUUAUUAUUUGAUGCGAAAACCAUGGAUGUUGUUGAUUUGUUUCACAGGUUUGGUUCUUUUAAGCCAUCUAGAUAUGUAUAGUGUGUUUUCUUUGUUUUUGUUAUAUCAUGACUGAACUCGUUAACUUUUACCAGACUUUUUGAAUGGCCUUAGAUGAAGGGUUAUUUCUAUAUCGGAAAGCAUUAUAAUUGACAUGGACAUUCCUUUUAUUGAUUGCCAAGAGAAAUUAUUUUUUAGACUGUUCAUAAGCUCCCAAUAUUCCAAAGAAUGUGGCAUGUACUAGUUCACGCAAUGACGCUCUGUGGUCAUAAAUGGUGAAUAUAAUUGAGUAGAAAUCAAAGGAUGUAGUGUUACAAAAUCACCAUCACUGACUUCCAUAUUAUUAUGAAGCAUCUUGGUGCAAUAACUUCAAAUAGAAAUGAUGGCAUUGGCAGUUUGAUUUGGUUAUAAUAUUGAUUUCUUAAAUAACACGUGGUGAAAUAGUUACAAUGCUUCCAAAUUUUUAAUUCAGCAACAAGUAUCGAGGAAUUUGUAAUU